CGAAGCAUGUAUGCAUUGUACUGGAGCUCCCGGUUUUAAUAGUUGGCAUUUGUUCUUCUUCUACUGUACGACGGCCACUUCAGGAGGUUGAGGCCGAGACCGUAACUGACACAAAGAUCACACCUUACAAUGGCUGGAAUGUUGCAGACAAUGCUCCCUGACCUUACCGGAGAAGGUCAUUACGGUCAGGUUACGUUAGACACGUGGUUUGACAGACUCAUGAAGGCUCUGACUGUCUGGUUGCCAUUCUUGGUGUCUGGGACGCUGUUUGUUGGUGAGAUCAGCGGUCAACCUCAGAACGUCAUUUGCCACCCUCCGUCGAACUUCAGUAUUCCACAAGCUAACUAUCUUAACGCAUUCUGUAAGGAAAGCCUUGUUUCGGAACAAAUGACCUUACUUUUCCAACAUUUUGUGUUAUUGUCUGGGUUACUCAUGUACAUUCCACAUUUUCUGUGGAAGAUGAUGCUGGGCACAAAACUUGCUUCGCAAAUAACUUUCGCAACUAAAGAAGUGGAGGACACAUUCAGAAGGUUAUGUGACCUAGCUGCCUUGCAGAGUAAAAUUGACAAAAAAGAUGAUCUAUCGGAAGAUCAAAAGAACGAAGAGAAAAGAGUUGCCCGAAAUCAGACAAUACAGUCUCUUUCAGUCCUUAAAUCUUUCGUUAAAAGUCUUGCUGAUUCUGAAAAGCUAUGGAAAUUCCAAAUAGCAAAAGUCAUAUCUUUAGUCAUCUUUGCUCUUGUUUGUUUAGUGUACCUUAUAUUGUUUGACAUAACAUCACAAAAGGAUAACACUUUUGUUUGUGGUACAAAAAUCCGACCCAGCAACAGUACAGAGGGCGAUGAUCAUACAGAAUCUGUCUGCAAAGUCACUGGAGUAAGACAAUUAUAUUUCUUGUCUAUUCUUUUGUCAAUAUCAUUCUGUAUUGCCGCCUCAUUGCCUAUACUCUUUACCUUGUAUACCAAGUUGUCCAAUUACAAUUUUUACGCCUAUCUUCUCAUAAAAAUCGCUCGUCUAGCAGAGCCUAUAACUGGAGAAAACGUCGAAGUAUCGCCCGUACCAAAAGCAUUCAGUGACUUUGCCAUCGUGGGGCGCCUUUGUGGGGAGAACAGGCACCUCAUACCAAGUCUACACACGAUCAUAAACAUCGCAGCGCUGCAAUACACGCUUACUGCAGAACAACUGCAGGGGGCGCUGUCGUCAGAGACCGGCCGUGGCGGAGGAAAGAACGCCAUGAUCACCGGUGAGAAGAAUGUCUGGGUCGACUUUGCAAGUGGCGCAGGCAACACCAUUCACGUGCACAACGAGGAUAGCAGACUACAUUCAACAGACCGCCAUAACGAUGACGAUUUUGUCAUGCGAAAUCGUCGUCAUCCCACCCGAGAUAUCGUCCAGCCGGUACAGGUACAGGCCGAAGAUGAGUAUUCACAAGAUCCCGUUAUAACAAGCUCUCAGAAAGAGACAGUCAAGACAAUAGUACAUCGACCUAUGAAGCCUGAGAGCUUUUACACAACAGACAAGAUAAGAGUAAAGACUUUAGCAGAAGACGAGACAACGCCAAUGGCGCUUUAUAGCAGUGGCAGCCGCUUCUCAUCUUCAGAGGUAACGGUUAAGGCUUUCCAGUCGGAAGAUGAGUCAGUGCUACCAACAGCCAGAAACAGUGAGAGUGAUUCGGGAACAAUAAGUACAACAAGGCAUGGUUCUGUCGAGGAGGAGGCCAUGCCAACGUCUGAAGGCGAGGAGGAAGAACAGAACCUGUUAUCUGAGCGAGAAUCUACUGUUUAGGAUUCUGCAGUAUAGAACCUUCCCUUUCCUUUACCUUGCAGUAUAGGUCAGGUGACAUGGUAACAUUUUGAACUAUCUGCCCAAAUGUGUCCCGUGUGAACAUUAUUAUGAUGGAGGGGGUUCUAGGUGUGAAUCAGAAACUGAAUUACAAUAUAAUUCUGUUUUUUUUCUCUUUCAUAAAGCAAGUGAUGUUGGAAACUUCAUUAAACCGUUUGUGGUUGUACAUUGCAUUUCAACCCCCUUUAGACCAGAUCGCCAUGCUUAAUGGCAAAUAUUGAAUAGGACAAUCAUUAAUAGAAAAAGCAUGCACAUACUGGACUAUUUUGUCAAUUUUGUAUUUGUAAAUAACAUACACUGUAAAUGAUAUAAAUUUGUGAUAGAUUAUUCAGAACAGGCUUAGGCCUACGAAAAAUUAUUCUUUUUACCUUUAAGUUUUAGAAUACGAUUAUUGAGUAUGUCAGAAUUCUGAUUUGUUCAUCUCAAAUACAAAAUGUAUCAAAACCAUUAUGUAGAAUAUAAAUGUAAUAUACAAGCACAGAGUGAACAAAAUAGUCCAGUAUGUGCAUGCUUUGGUUGUCUUUUUGCUAUUUGGCACUAGUUCUAUGUAUCUCAAGGGCAUUCUGGUGACCAAGGCAUCCCCUAAAAUUUUGGUGUGAAAUUUGCUUUGUUAUUUCAUCGUAAUACUUUUGGUCUUGUUUGAAUGGCACCAAGACUAGAUAAGAUUCAAUACAAAAGGUUCUACGAUUUGCCACGUUUCUGAAAUAGAACUUAAACAAAGAGUUUCUUUUGGAGCUCUUUUUAUACAGACAUAUGGUUACCUGAAUUUGUUUACUAUCUACGUAAUCGAUGUAAGUUUCUUAAUUUUGGAGUGAUACUUAGUGAACGAUUAAGAAAAUCAGAACAGUUUUUCAUCAAAGUAGCAUGAAGGUAUGAUUUUAUUGUGGGCCUGGUUCCCAACCCUACUGUGCUCCCUACACCAAAUGCAGCGGUAUUCGUAACUACCACGGAAUCGGCUGGACCUACAUACUCAAGUUUUACAAAUGUAUUCUCACAACCCGUUCAGAAUAUACUUUUGUGUUUGUUUUGCAUUCAAUUCAAACUCAAUCAUCAAACUGUGGGAGACAAUGACGGCCUGCCUCAGUAAAUAUUGACUGAUAUGCGGCGAAAAUGCAUAUGAUGAUGAUGAUAAUCAUUCAACUCUUGAUCCUUUACAUGCAGUUUUUAAGAUGUAUAAGUAGAAGUUAUUCUCUAUGUCAUUAUAUUAUUCUCCCAAGUUGGCAUCUUCAAAAGGUGACAGUCACAAGUUAUGGCAAUCCUUCCACAAAUGCGGUAAAUUUCA